AUGGGCGGCGAAGGCGGCAAUGUGGCCCUGUCCGUGCUGCGACAGCGAGAGUGCGGCGGCAGUCACAGGGCUGGGCUGCAACGCGCCGCCAGCCGGCACUACCUAGAUUGCCAGCCGGCGCUGUGGCAGGAAAAGGAGAUCACGGGCCAGCUGGCCAGCACACUAGGGCCUGACGUCGACAAGGCCUUUGCAGCGGCAUGGCAGGAUGACCACCGGCUGCUGGUGGGCACCAAGUCCAACCACCUGCUGCAGUGGGACACGUCAGCGGGCAUGCUGCGGUCCAUCCCGCUGCCGCCCGCGCCGCCACGGCAGCACGAAGUCAUGGAGACGGUGUGGGGCGCCUGCGGCAUCCAUUCGGUGGCCGUCAACCCCGCGGGCGACAUGGUCGCCACCGGCGGCACCGAGCCAGCGGACUGCGCCGUGCUGCGCCUGCCCGACUUUGCGCCUGUGCAGACGCUGGUGGGCCACGUGGACUGGGUGUUUGGGGUGGCCUGGGUCAGCGACCGCCACGUGGUCACCGGGUCUCGGGACCAGUCGGUAGCGCUGUGGAGCAUUCCGGAGCCGGGGGAGGGCGCACCAGACGUGCAGUACAAGGGCGCAGACGGCCCGGACGGCCUGCAGCGCAAGUUUGAGGGCAAGGUGCGGGACGUCAAGUACGACUUUGAGUCCUGCCGCCUGGCGGCGCUGUCCACAGACGGCUGCGUCAAGCUGCUGGACGCCGCCCGCAACCUGCGCACGACGCGCACGGUGAAGCUGCCGCUGACCAAGGAGCUGGUGUGCAUGGAGCAGCGGCACGACCUGCUGGCGGUGGGGUCGGUGGGGCACGUCACGCUGCUGGACCCGCGCAGGCGCACGGCGGAUCUGUGCUCGGUGGCCUCUCCCGACGAAAGCCAGGGCGUGCGCAGCGUGCAGCUGACGGAGCACCUGCUGUCGUUCGGCACCGGCCGCGGCAAGCUGUUCUUCUUUGACCUGCGCGCCUCUGCUUUCCUCCCCACCGAGCCCGCCCCCCAGCACGCGUUCGACUACGGCGGCGAGGGCGGCCUGCCGCGCUGCAAGCUGGCGCCGGCGCUGGCGCCCGCGUGGCAGCCGCGCCAGCACCUGCAGCUGGGGCCGGGCCAUGUGGUGCUGAAUGACCUCUACUAUGACCACUUUGCGGGCAUGGAUGUCAAGCACGCCUGCUAUGCACACACCUGGGAUGCCUCCCGCUCCCGCCUCUUUGUGUGCGGCGGCCCGCUAGCCUUUGGGUUGCAGGGCCUGUAUAUGGCCGUCUGGCACUGA